CGGUAUCCACUCGCGUCAGUCAGUCAGUUGAAAGAGUGUUGGGGUUAGUGAAUCAGCUGUGGGGGGAUAUAAUAUUACCACUACAAGCGACGGCGAACGGGCGGUAGAGCAAAACAGUAUCCAAACGUCGAGAGAUGGGUGGAUUGUGUUGUGAGAGAUAUACGUGAAGCGAUUGUGAUAAGGUACUUCAAGUGACGUUUCGCUGGCUGGAAAAUACGCAAACAUUGGUGUGUGAAGCGUCGGUGCUUUGUGAUAGUUCGGUUCCCCAUAUGCCUUGAAAAUAUGCAUUGAAAACAUACGGCCAAUGCUGUGAUUAGUUAGCGAAAUUUGCAGUGUAAAUAUCGAAGAGAUAUCGCGGUAAACAAAGGCCCGAGUGUCGAUGUGAAAUGAGUCAGUAUUGAAAUCGUCGAUCUCAGCGAAUCAAAGCAGUCAGCGACCAGGAAUCUGCAACCGUAGCAAUUCCGGAAUUCAGCGCUACAUCACGAGCUACUAGGAUCGGAUCGACGCGCAAUUACCUCGGAAGUGUGGGAUAAAAACAUGUACACGUGUCAGUCAUCGGAUCAGCGGAGGCAAUAGUUCAUGCAAAACGGUCCGACGGUGCCUAUCCAAAGAAAGCCCAAACGCAGGACACCAAAUGCAAAAGAAUCAUUCCACCCACAAUCCACUAAGUUUAGAAAAUGACGGAAAACUCCACCCUAGUCAGUAAGAAACCACAACAGAAUGGAACCGGUGCCGCCAACCACAGCUACGGUGCAAUCGACGACAUAACCACAGACUACACCCACACUCCGACGGCCACCGGACACGACGACGGUGGAGGCGAACCGAACGGUGGACCAUCGAUACCCUCCGACCACCAACCGGUACAUCCAAUGGAGAAACGCUCGACGCUCCGGAUAGUGGAGAAGAUUGGCUUCGGUCUGGGCCACGUGUACAAUGAUCUCUGCGCGGGUGUGUGGUUCAGUUACACGCUUCUAUUCAUGCAAGGUGCCCUGGGAAUGCCGGCUGCCGAAGCCGGUGCUCUGGUCAUGCUGGGACAGGUUGGCGAUGCCAUUGCGACGCCGAUCGUUGGAUUUCUCACCGACAAGUACGGCACCAAGCGGCAUUGGCACAUAGCAGGAACCUUCAUCGUGUUCCUGACCUUUCCGAUGAUCUUCUCGCUGUGUCCGUGGUGCAACGUGGCGCCGCACUGGUGGGAAAUCAUGUAUUUCAUCAUUGUGAUAUUGCUGUUCCAGUUCGGGUGGCCAAUCGUCCAGAUUACCCACUUGGCCAUGAUUCCGGAACUGUCCCGGUCGCAGAAGGAUCGCUCGGACCUGACGGCGGUUCGCUACUCGGUGUCCAUCAUCUCCAACGUGGUCGUGUACAUUGUCACAUGGGCAGUGCUUCGAAGUCGUACGAGUGCAGACGCACAGAUUGGGCCCGCCGAUGCCUAUCGAUUUCGUGAUAUCUCAUUAAUACUGAGCCUGGUGGGGGUUUCCAUGGCCGUCCUGUUCAACUUUUCGCUGACGUUCAGCAGCUACGAGCAUCGGAGGCACACCGCCCUGCAGCAUAAUGUCAUCAAGGGGGGUAAGAAAUCGGAGCGGGAUCCGGAGAAGCAGACCCUCCUGGACGCGGAACGGAACGCUAAUGGGGAGGUGAAAACAGAAAUCGCAGCAAACGGCAGCGCUCGCGUGAGCGCCGGAGAUGACGACGUAGUGCUGCGAAAGCCGAAGAAGAAUUUCUUCAAGUCUCCACUGCUGUACCAGAAUGCUCUGCUGUACGUCUUCUCGCGUCUUUUCAUGACGACCUCUCUAGUCUACAUGCCACUUUGGUUGGACGAACGAUCAUUCCAACCGGACCCCGUCCAGAACAACGCCAGCGUGGAACAUCUGGCCACCGUCCCACUAGUCUCCUUCCUGGCCUCCUUUAUCGCGUCGCUAGUGCUCAAGUACACCAACAAGUACGUCGGUAACAGCCUGAUCUACCUGAUCGGAUCCGCCAUCAGCUUGAGCGUGUGCACGUGGAUUGCUCUGAGCACCAGUGCGGCCACAUUCAGCACGUUCGAAUUGCUCAUAAUUGCGUCACUUUUUGGCGCAGGCAGUUCUAUUACCAUGAUCAGCAGCCUCUGCAUCACGGCGGACAUGAUCGGCAAGCAUGCCGAUCAGGGUGGCUUCAUCUACUCGGCCGUCACGUUCACCGAUAAGCUCAUCACCGGCAUAGUGGUGGUCGUCAUCGAAUCCAUGAAAUGCACCGAUCGCAACGAUUGUCCGGAUUACUACCGAAGCGUGCUGGCCUAUGCUUGUGGGACGGCUGCCGGACUGGGCUGUGUCACGCUGGCAACACUGGCCUGUACCACCCGAAGAACCAGGCGUCAACAACGGCGAUAACGGUGCCGAGUUGACUCUUGCAAUCUACAGCUGGAGCGAUCAGUGAUAGGACGUUUCAAAGAUAUCGCGUAUUUCGUAUUAAUUAGCCAAGACGUUGAGCAAGAAUGCAUAAGUGUAUGAUAUUAUGGCGAAGUAAUAAAUAAGUAUUCUAACCGUU